UGCUGUAGAACUGCAGCUGCAAAUGUGAGGACUUGGUAGACACCAAGAAGGAAUCGUGGUCAGGACGAUGUUGACAUGCUGUCAAGGCGCAGGAUGCUGCAAUGUAGCAAAGAACAACGACUGGCGUUAUCCAACACUGCUUCUGUGUGCCUUCGGGCUUUUCUCAAUGAUGAGACCUUCAGAGCCUUUUUUAACACCAUACCUCAUUGGGCCUGCUAAGAACUUAACAGCUGAACAGGUUACUAAUGAAAUGUUUCCAGUUUGGACAUAUUCUUACUUGGUAAUGCUAUUUCCAGUCUUUGUGGUCACAGAUUAUCUCAGAUAUAAACCAAUCAUAGUUGUACAAGGGCUCAGUUAUGUUAUCACUUGGUUAAUGCUCCUGUUUGCACAAGGACUCCUGGCCAUGCAGUUUUUAGAAUUCUUCUUUGGGACUGCAUCUGCCGCAGAAGUGGCCUAUUACUCCUAUAUUUAUAGUGUUGUUAGUUCUGAGCAUUAUCAAAAAGUGACCAGUUACUGUCGAAGUGUCACACUAGUUGCGUACACUUUGGGUUCUGUUCUAGGUCAAGUUUUAGUCUCUGUUUGGAACGUCCCUUAUUUCUAUCUAAAUGUGAUUGCACUGAUUUCAGUAUCUCUAGCUUUCCUUUCUUCAAUUCCCCUGCCAAUGCCAGAGAGAAGCAUGUUUUUCCACAGGAAAGAGGCUGCAAACAUUCAAGCUUCCCCGCCAAUGGAAUACAUCAAGUCUGAAAACAGUAAUCCCCAAAAUAAUCCUGAUGUAACAAACUGCUCACACUUGCCUAGAACGUCAGAUGGAGAUGAAGAUGAUCUGAUGAAAGCAACAGAGAAAAAGAAUGUAAUAAUGGUCCUGCCCAAACUGUGGUCUGAUUUCAAAGAGUGCUACUCCUCUCCUCGAAUCUUCUACUGGUCUAUCUGGUGGGCUUUGGCCACCUGUGGAUAUAACCAAGUUGUGAAUUACAUACAAGUCCUGUGGGAUCACGUUGAGCCAUCCCAAAAUUCUACGGUGUAUAACGGUGGUGUGGAAGCUGUGUCGACUUUUGUGAGUGCUGGUACAUCGUUUGCUGUGGGCUAUAUAAACGUGGACUGGGCAAUCUGGGGAGAAAUGGCAUUAGGCAUCUUUUCAACAGUGAAUAGCGGUGCUUUAUUUGCCAUCGACCUGUCAAACAAUAUCUGGAUUUGUUACGGUGCAUAUGUUGUGUUCAAAGCCACGUACAUGUUGCUGAUUACCAUAGCAACGUUUCAGAUUGCAUCUAACCUGAGCAUUGAGCGAUAUGCUCUUUUGUUUGGAAUUAACACCUUUGUAGCCCUCCUACUCCAGACCAUUCUGACUGUUAUUGUUGUUGAUUCAAGAGGCCUUGGCUUGGAUGUUAUUACUCAGUUCUUCAUUUACGGGAGUUAUUUUGCAGCAAUAUCAGGACUUUUCUACAUCCGAGGUAUUUAUACGUUAAUUCAACAUGGACAGAAAAGAAAGAGGAAAACAGAACCAGAGAUCAAAGGAGAUAAUGCAACACCUAAAGAUGAGACAAGAAGUGCAGAACAGUUUUGAAAAUUUGAAAAAGUUAUGAAAAAUAAGAUUUAUUUUUGUUAUUACAAUUCCUUGCCAUAUUUCAUUGGUCAGGGAGAUGGAAAAUAUGUCCAUGAUCAUUAAUGUCAUUCAGUUAGCCAGGAUAAUAUUUUAGCAGGAUGGUAAAGAACCACUGAUACAUCACCCAAAACCUAGUAAAGUAGUUUUGUGAAUUAUUUAAAAAAUGACUGAUUAAAAACUGAUCAGAGAUAGUAGGAACUGCAGAUGCUGGAGAAUCCGAGAUAACCAGGUGUAGAGCUGGAUGAACACAGCAGGCCGAGCAGCAUCAGAGGAGCAGGAAGGCUGAAAUUUCGGGCCUAGACCCUUCUUCAGAAGACCUUUCUGGCACAAUCUUUUCGUUCACUGUUACAGUUUGUAAUAAUAACUAAAUGCCAAACCAGAAAAUAUAUAAAUAACUUACAUUCGCAUGUUUAACUGAAUAAAAUGUUCCAAAGCUUUUAACAGAUGCACUAUAAAACAAGUGUCCAAACUACAUAAGACAUUAGGUCAGACUAGACAAAGAUUA